CUCGUGCCCGACAGCGUGAUCAAGAAGCCUGAUAUCAAUAACAUCUACUUCAAUACGCGCCGUACCGAGGUCUCGAUCGUACCGCGCGGUCUACAGCUCCCGUGGUUGUUCAAGAACUACAAUGAGAUGGCUCGCAUUGGUUUCAAUGCGACGCGCACUCAAGACCCCCAGCUCAUGCGCGGGCUCUGGUACUUCGCUCUCGACUACGAGCAUUCCUUCUCCCGUUACUAUGAGCUCACACGCUGGAACCUCAUCGCCAUGGCCUACGUAUGGGCCCUCGACUUUCCCCCCGAGCUCUGUGGUCCUGAUGAAGAGGUCCACGAAUUUGUUCUAGCAUACAUUGGAGCAUGGUUCGCAUACAUGAACGAUACCGGCGAUCAUAAGAAGACCUCUUUCGAAGCGCAGGAGAAGUUUAUUGCGCUGUGGGAGGGUAGCGAUCUUGAUCUGUUCACCAUUCGCGAUAUAAAGACACGGCGAGGUGUGCAUAAUCUAGUCAAAAAGUUAUAUGCCCAACCACUGCCGCCGUCUUUACGAAAGGUUGUCAACGUGGCAGCGAAGGACAUCAUAUACUUGCGACAGGAGGGUCAGAUCUCGGACAUAGACUACACCAAGUACGGACCGGCUCUAAUUCUCGAAUGCGUUGACACAAACACAAAGCUCGGCACGGACGUAUUUGAGGCAAAUCACAACCUCUCCGUGGCAAUGAAUAACCUCGAAGACCUCCGAGAACGCGAGAGGGCGCACCAGUUCGCUCGGCGCAAAGGUGGUGAUAACCCGCUUACUGCAGUGGAUUGGAGUUCUGAGAUGGUGGACUCUCUCCUCAACGCCGUCGACCAUACACUACCGGAUCCAAAGACCAGCAUCAAGCAACGCCGGCCCGAUACUACUCGCACGCCUUGGAUGGAUGUGGAUACGUUCUUCGGUAUCCUUCGGUCUGGAUUCGAGGAGUUGAAGAAGGAGGAAGAGAGCAUGGUCCUGGGUAUGGGCGAGGUUUCCCUAGGCUAG